CGAGCGGGGAGUCCCAGCGCACACCUUAGCGGCCGGUCUUGUUCCUGGCACCCUCGGUGUGGGGCUCAGGGUCAGUGUAAUCCUCAUUGGAGGAAAGUGCAUCAUGGCUUCUGUCUGGGUUGGGCACCGAGGAACCAUUAGAGACUAUCCAGGCUUUAGCCCCUCCGCGGAUGCUGAAGGUGUUCGGAAAGCAAUCAGAGGAAUUGGAACGGAUGAGAAAACACUCAUCAGUAUUCUGACCGAGCGGUCAAAUGCACAGCGACAACUGAUUGCCAAGGAAUAUGAAGCAGCAUAUGAGAAGGAGCUGAAAGAUGACUUGAAGGGGGAUCUCUCUGGCAACUUUAAGCAUGUCAUGGUGGCUCUCCUAACUCCACCAGCUGUGUUUGAUGCGAAGCAGCUAAAGAAAUCCAUGAAGGGUACUGGAACAGAUGAAGAUACUUUGAUUGAAAUCUUAACUACCAGGACAAGCAGGCAAAUAAAGGAGAUCUCUCAAGCCUAUUAUUCAGUAUAUAAGAAGAGUCUUGGAGAUGACAUUAGUUCUGAGACAUCUGGCGACUUCCGGAAAGCGCUGUUGACUUUGGCAGAUGGAAGAAGAGAUGAAAGUCACAAUGUGGAUGAACAUCUAGCCAAAAAAGAUGCCCAGAUCCUCUAUAAUGCUGGCGAGAACAAAUGGGGUACAGAUGAAGAUAAAUUCACCGAGAUCCUGUGUUUAAGGAGCUUUCCUCAACUAAAACUAACAUUUGAUGAAUACAGAAAUAUUAGCCAGAAGGACAUUGAAGACAGCAUCAAAGGAGAAUUAUCUGGGCAUUUUGAAGACUUACUGCUGGCCAUAGUUCGUUGUGCGAGGAACACGCCUGCCUUUUUAGCUGAAAGACUGUAUCAGUCUUUGAAGGGUGCUGGAACUGAUGAGUUUAUUCUGAACCGAAUAAUGGUUUCCAGAUCAGAAAUUGACCUUCUAGACAUUCGACAUGAGUUCAAGAAGCAUUAUGGCUAUUCCCUAUAUUCAGCAAUCAAAUCAGAUACUUCUGGAGACUAUGAAAUCACUCUCUCAAAGAUCUGUGGAGGAGAUGACGAGUGAAGAAGGAAAUCUUUGAGGCUUGCCAGCUUAAGAUGAACUUCUGUAACAGCUGUUUGCUUUCUUCUCAUAGUACUUACACAUGCAAGCAGAUGUAAAAUAGUGACUUGUUUGCCUAACCAAAAUUUUCAUUUUUCUAUAGCCACAACCAAAACAAAAUUGGUUAUCUUAGGACAUCUCAUUUAUAAUGUAGUAGUUUGUAGAAGUAACUUUUAAAUGGUAUUAAGGAUCUGCAAAUAUAAUCGAAAUGGUAUUUCCCCAAGGAAGUCAGAAUCUAUGUAGUUCUAAUCAUUAAUUGUAAAGCCGGAUAAUAAAACGUGUUGCCUUUGUUAAA